UGGUGCGAGUUUAGCUCGGCGCUUCGUGGCUGCUCGAGCGCUAGUGUCUUACUGCCGCUAGGCUGGAAAAUGGGAGUUUUGCAGUGCACUGAUAAGCCCACACUUGUGAGGUCAGCUACCAGCAGCCUGCGAUAUUCCCUUACCGUCCUCUUGCGCUGUCACAGCUGCGAAGUGUCAACGGGCGCCGCACCGCACUGCACGAGCCGAAACAGGCAAGGGCACCUUGCUGCGCAUAGGCGUACGGCUGCAAAAUGGCCGAGCAAAACACCCCCAAACUAGUGCAAGACGCGGCUGAGCCCGCGCCCGUGGCCCCGCCGACGCCCGGCCUCGACGCGCCGAUGCGCGCCACGGCCGAGCGCCUCGUCGCCGAGGCGGCCGAGGCGGCGCCGAAGCCGGAGCCGCCGGCGCCCGUCGCCGAGCCGCCGUCCGUCACCGUAUCUCCGCCCGUAACCGCACGGCCGCCCGUCGCCGCGCCGCCACCGCCGCCACCGCCGAAGCCGUCGCCGCCCCCGCCGCGCCGUCCGCCGAGGGCCUGCCGCAGCCGCUCGAACAUCACGGAUAGCGGCCUCGACGACGCGAUGCCGCUCGCGGCCGCCGCCGAUUUGAUAAAGAACGCCAAAAAAGUCGUCGUCGUCAGCGGCAGCGGCAUCUCGGCCGCCGCCGGCCUCUCGACGUACGUGGGCGGCAAGGACGGCCUCUACGAGAAGGCGCGGAAAAGGUAUAAACUGGAAAAAGGCAUCGAUCUUUUUGGAUGGCGCUUCUAUUCCGAACGGCCGCGCGACGCCCAGAAGUUUCUGGCCGAAUUGGCCGUCGCGGUGCAGAAAGCCACACCGACGCCGACGCACCGCGCGCUCGUGGAUCUCGAGCGAAGCGGGGUGUUGAUGAGGCAUAUCACGUUGAACAUCGACGGUUUGCAUGCCCAGGCCGGGGCGUCUUUAUGGGACGGGUCGGACGGCACGACCGUCGAGCUGCACGGCGCGUUGCGAGAGGUCGUCGAUUGUGAGAAUGGGAACGUCUACGCUUUAGAUGAUGAGAUGUUAAGACGAAUAAGGGGAGGGAGGGACGCCGUCGACGGCAAGGACGCGCCGCGCGACGCGUUGCGAGUGAACGGUUCCAAAAAAAGACCGCUCGAUCAUGAGCCGCCGCUGCGAACACGGUUCCGCGUGCUGCUCUACGGCGACCGCGAGCACGCUCGAAUAUUAGAUGGGCCGCAGGCUCUACAACGUCUGAAGGACGAUUGUGGGGGAGCGGACCUCGUUUUAUUUCUCGGGAUCUCGUUCGAGCAGUCGGCGUCGUGCGAAUAUUUGAGGGACGUGGCGGCCGUCGUACAACGGGAGACGCCCGUCGUCCUGGUGAAUCCCGACGCGGAGUGCCUCUACACGGCGGCGUCGGCGCUGCCGCGCGGGUCGCGCGCGGACGUGCGGAGCUGCGUGGCGACGAGCGACGAGCUUUUUGGGGCGGCUGUGUAAGGUCGUGGCCUUUGAG